AUGCUCCCAGCUGGGAGGUUGGAAACAUUUCGCUCUGACAAUCAUCUCCCUCCUCAGAAGUGGACCAAAAGCAUCAACCAGGCCAGAAAGAUGUCCCUGCUCGCCUGGGAGAAGGAGACCGGCAUCGAGCUGGUGCAGAUCAACGGGCAGCGGCGCUACGGGGGGCCACCCCCAGGCUGGGUGGGUGACCCGCCGCCCGCCGACACCGAGGUGUACAUCGGGAAGCUGCCGCAGGACUUGUACGAGGACGUCCUGAUCCCGCUCUUCCAGAGCGUGGGGAAGCUCUACGAGUUCCGCCUCAUGAUGACCUUCAGCGGCCUCAACCGGGGCUUCGCCUACGCCAAGUACAGCAGCCACCGCGGCGCCAGGGACGCCAUCGCCGCCCUCAACCACUACCCCGUGCGCCAGGGCUGCGCCAUCGUGGUGUGCUGGAGCACGCAGAAGCGGGAGCUGAGUGUGGACGGCCUGGCCGCCUCGGUGAGCCAGCAGGAGCUGGAGGCCACGCUGCAGAGGGCCACCCAGGGCAUCCUCAGCGUCACCCUGCACGCCAGCCCCCGCCAGAGACAGGCCAAGCUCGCUGUGCUCCAGUACAGCUCGCACCAGGCUGCUGCCCUGGCCAAGAAAGCCCUGAUGGAAGGGAACCUGAGGCUCAGGGGAUCGGGGAUGAGGGUGGAGUGGCUGCACCCUGACCUGAAGCAGAAGCUGCAGCUGUGGGAAGAGAGGCCACCAGCCAGCCAGGUGCAGGAGAACAAGAGCCUGGCAGCGCCCAAGCCACUGGCCCUGCCUCCAGCGGUGCAGAACAUGUUGGACCACCUGAACACCCUGCGCAGGAGGCAAUGCCUGGGGAUGCCCCUGUUCCUCACUAAGUGCAUCCGGGUGAACCCCAACGGGUGGCUGCAGUUCUGGUACCAGGUGCAGAUCCCGGGGUACCCCGUGCCCUUCAGUGGGUUCACGUGGGUCCGGCAGGAUGGGCAGGGCCAGAGCAGGCACGAGGAGGCCAAGGCUGCAGUGGCGCUGCACAUGCUCCGUGUCUUAGGUGAGCCUUUG